AUGCUCUCCAGGGCCUCUCGCACUGUCUUGCGUAGCGCCGCGGCGCAGAAGACCGCCGCUGUCAGGAAUGUGUCAAAGGCGGCAGCCAGGGGAUAUGUUUCUCCCUCCGGCCCAGAGCGCGCUAGCGUAAUGGACGUCCCGUCUUCAUAUCAAGAGGAGACGCAUUUAUCGCCGCGAGCUGAUGCUUACGGGUUCAAGGUCGAAGUACCGCAUAGGGAGGAGGGCGUGCAGAAUCAAGCGCGACCCAUCUACCUCGACGCACAGGCGACAACUCCAGUCGAUCCUCGAGUGCUCGACGCAAUGCUGCCUUUCUUGACCGAUCAGUACGGAAAUCCCCACAGCCGCACGCACGCAUACGGCUGGGAGGCGGAGAAGGCGGUAGAGGAGGCGCGCAAGAACGUCGCGGACCUAAUCGGCGCUGAACCAAAAGAUAUCGUCUUCACGUCGGGCGCAACAGAGACGAAUAAUAUGGCUAUCAAGGGUGUCGCUCGGUUCCACAAGGAGAAGAAGAGGCACGUCAUCACCACCCAGACUGAGCACAAAUGUGUGCUUGAUUCCUGCAGAAAGCUUCAAGAGGAGGGCUUCGACGUGACCUACCUGCCCGUGCAACACAAUGGUGUGGUCGACUUGGUGGAACUCGAGAAGGCCAUUCGACCGGAUACAUCGCUCAUCUCCAUCAUGACCGUGAACAACGAGACCGGAGUUAUUCAGCCAAUCCGUGAGAUUGGAGCGAUCGCACGCAAGCACCGCGGAGUUUACAUGCACACCGAUGCCGCUCAGGCAGUUGGCAAGAUCCCGGUCAAUGUGAACGAGAUGAAUGUCGACCUGAUGAGCAUCUCGGGUCACAAGAUCUACGGUCCCAAGGGCAUCGGCGCCGCAUAUGUCCGCCGUCGGCCUCGCGUGCGCCUGGAGCCCAUCAUCUCGGGUGGUGGCCAGGAGCGUGGAUUGCGUAGCGGCACAUUAGCUACAGCAUUGGCUGUCGGCCUUGGCGAGGCCGCUCGCAUCGCCAAGCUUGAGAUGAAGCGCGACCACGACCACGUCUCGAACCUGUCGAAGCGCCUGAUCGACGGGAUCAACGCGCGCGUGGAACAUGUCGUCCGCAAUGGCGAUGUUGCAGGCUACCCGGGCUGCGUCAACCUGAGCUUCGCCUACGUCGAGGGCGAGAGUCUGCUCAUGGCUCUCAAAGACAUCGCUCUGUCUUCCGGUAGCGCGUGCACGUCGGCAUCGCUCGAGCCCUCCUAUGUGCUCCGCGCUCUUGGAGCUGCGGAGGAUAUGGCGCACUCGUCUCUCCGUUUCGGCCUCGGCCGCUUCACAACAGAGGCAGAGGUCGACUUCGUCGUCGAGAAGAUCGCCACGAUUGUGCAGCGCCUGCGCGACAUGAGCCCACUCUGGGAGAUGGUCCAGGAGGGCAUCGAUAUCAGCUCCAUCGACUGGUCCCAGCAUUAG